GUCCGUCUGUAUCCGGUCCGCGUUCACUACGCUCUCCCGACAGCCUUAGGGACGGGAGGAAACUAUUAUAACCGGAAGUCUCCAAGAGGCGGGGCCAGGCGAAGCGAGGCCGUGGAGUCUGCGCCUUGGCUCGCUAGUUCCGCUCGCCAUGGCUGCGUUAGGCGGCGGCGUCAGGGAGCACGAGGAGCCGGUAUUGUUCCGCAGAGGUACCGGGCAGAGUGAUGAUUCUGACAUAUGGGAUGAUACAGCAUUGAUAAAAGCAUAUGACAAAGCUGUGGCAUCAUUUAAGAAUGCUUUAAAGAAUGGUGAAAUUUCUGAAACUUCAAACAAACAAAAAAGUGUUGGACCAAAAAGAAAAAAUAUUAAGAACAGAAACAAGAAAAAAAGUAACCCAGCCCCUUUGAAACAGUGGAAAGUUGGUGAUGCUUGUUGUGCAGUGUGGUCUGAAGAUGGCAACAUUUACCCAGCUACUAUUGCAUCAGCUGAUCUGAAGAGAGGGACCUGUGUUGUACUUUAUACUGGCUAUGGAAAUAAAGAAGAACAGAAUUUGUCAGAUCUUCUUCUUCCAAACAGCGAAGGAGUUCAUGAUGAAGAACCUAUUCAUGAAAAUGAAAAUGAAAGUCAAAGUCAGUAUUCAACAGAUGAAAGUGAAAAAUCCUCCAGAUCACCUGGAAGCAAACAGAAUCGUAUUAAAUCCAAAGCUGCUCAUUGGAAUUCUUAUUUCCCUCCUCCUCCACCACCACUUCCUCUCCCAGUGCCAGGGCUGGGCAAGCCUGGACUGAAAUUCAGUGGCCCACCACCCUUCCUCACAGGCUGGCCCCCACCAUUUCCUUCAGGACCACCAUUGAUUCCCCCACCACCUCCCAUGUCUCCCGAUUCUCCUGAAGAUGCUGAUGCUUUGGGAAGUAUGUUAAUAGCCUGGUACAUGAGUGGCUAUCAUACUGGUUAUUAUCUGGGCUUAAAACAACAUCAAAAAGAAGGAAGGCACCAGCACUUCAGUUAAGGAGUACAGAUCUCUCCCAAGGAGAGUGGUAUUUUAUCCUGUCCUGGUUGCGAUGAACAGAGUUGGUUUUUUUUCGCCCUCUAAGAAGACUUGACUGGAGAACGCAAUCCAUUGUAUGAUUGUUGAAUAUGUUCUAAUGUACACAGGUUUUUAAUUUCUUAAUCAGCAGAGUAUAUUUAGAAAAGAAUGUUUGAAUAGUUGAAUAAAAUAGCAAGAAUGUGAAUGUUGGAAACUCGUAGUCAACUUUAUUAUUGAUGUCAAUAAAGUUUUACUUUUCAAAUUUUGAUUUUUUUGAAAACCUAUCACAAUAUAUGCUUUAAUCUGAGACCCAGAUUUUGAGUAAAAUUUGUAUUUAGAUUAUGAAAGUUAAAGUCUAAAUACAGUGUUUUCUGUCCCAACAUUUUGUUGAAAUAAUUUAGCAACACUUUAUAAAAUAUUUUUAGAUUUUUAAAAUUCUGCUUAUUUUACAAUUUAACAAUGAUUUGGCUCCAUAAGGAUUCAGCCCAAAACCAAUCUCUCUGUUUUAGCACAAAUGGAUUGAGUUGGCCUUAGAAGAAAGCAUUCCAUUAUAAACACUCAUUAAGGACUUGGCAUAUGCAAAGAACUGUCCUAGGUGCUGAGAAUACAAAGAUGAACAGGACAGGGACACAGAAGUCAAAGUUAGACUGCAGAGUGCUUUGAAGCAUUAAAGCAGGAACAGCAAGAACUUCUUGUGGAUAAUCAGAGAAGACAUUAAGGAAAGGGUGUCACCUAAGCUCUGCUAGUAUGGUUAACAUGGACCUGAAGUGAACUGCAAUUUGCUCAAAAAAUUGAAGUAUACUGUUCUUGCUAAGUGAAAGAAAAUUUACUUCUGGUACUUUUUUUUUUCUUCCAAAAACCUUGAUGGAUUUAAUUAUUGAUACUUAUUCCCACCUGAUAGUAUUAAUUUAAUUCCAUCACUGGGUCAUCCAAGAAGUUUUCAACCAGUUCACUGAUGGGAAUGAAAUUCCAGGCACAAGAGAGAACACAACAAAGUCAAAAAUACUAAACAAACUUGUGUGGUAUGGAGUCAGUAAAAUAAUGAUGUUGAAUACUGGUAUGGCAAAUAUGUUUUAGGGCUCAAGAUCUUGGUCAAUGAAAUAAAUAAAAAUUCAUCUUUUUAUUGUA